AUGACUGAGAAGAACAUCGUGGUUGUUGGAGCCGGCGUUGCUGGUCUGACCACAGCCUUUUUGCUCUCCAAAAAUCCAAGAUAUAAAAUCACCAUUGCCGCAAAGCACAUGCCUGGAGACUAUGAUAUCGAAUAUGCGUCACCUUGGGCUGGGGCCAACUAUAUGCCCGUCUCCAGGAAAGGAACACCGGCAGAGGAGUGGGAUAGGAAUACAUGGGCGCCUUUUGCGGAGCUUGCCCGAAAUUAUCCUGAGGCAGGUGUUCAUUUCCAGGAAACGACAAUCUAUAAUCGUAAAAAGGACGUCGAGUCUGUCACUGCGGCCUGGUUUGCUGAUGCGCUCAGUCCCUCUCCAUGGUUCAAGACACUUUUUGACGACUUUCACGAAGUCCCCCAGAAAGACCUCCCGCCGGGAAUGGACAACGCCACAUGCUUCACAUCGGUUUGUAUUAAUACUGCGAUAUAUUUGCCCUGGCUGGUCUCUCAAUGCCUGAAAAAUGGGGUCAUUGUUAAGCGGGCGGUCUUCAAACACAUUGCAGAGGCAGCGGCUCCUGGAGUCCACCAUUCGGGCGCUUCGGCUGACCUUGUUGUCAAUUGUACUGGCCUAUCAGCCUCUAAGCUCGGUGGCGUCGAGGACAAGUCAGUUGUGCCUGCAAGAGGUCAGAUUGUUGUCGUCAGAAACGUAGCACCAGCCAUGUAUGGCGUGUCUGGCACCGAUGAUGGCCCAGAUGAGACUUGCUAUAUUAUGACCCGGGCUGCUGGGGGUGGUACCAUCCUGGGGGGCUGCUAUCAAAAGGGAAAUUGGGAGUCUCAACCAGAUCCGAGUCUUGCAAUAAGAAUCAUGAAGCGUUGCGUGGAAUUAUGCCCUGCAUUGACUGGCGGAAAAGGAAUUGAUGCCCUCGACAUUGUUCGACACGGCGUCGGUCUCAGGCCUGUCCGAGAAGGGGGAACGAGGAUUGAGCGAGAGAAAAUAAACGACGUCUGGACUGUUCACAACUACGGCGCUGGCGGAGCGGGUUAUCAAUCUUCGUAUGGUUGCUCUCAAGCAGCAGUCAAGUUGGUGGAUGAAGCCUUCCAGGACAAGGCCAAAUUGUGA